AUGUCGAAAUCUACUGUUCUUCUUAUAGGGAGCGGGGCAGUUGGCACUAUGGCAGCCUAUAAUUUGGAGGCAGUUCUUAAAACUAUACCGAAAGUCGAAGAAGAAGGACUUUCGCCAUUCGACUACAUCCUGGUAGCCACGAAGAACACCCCUGAUAUCCCCCCGACUGUUGCGGAUCUCGUUGCGUCGGCGGUAACACCAGGCCAUACCGCCAUCCUACUCCUUCAAAAUGGACUCAACAUCGAGAAACCCCUAAUCCAAGCCUUCCCCAAUAACCCCAUCCUCUCAGGCGUCUCCCUAAUCAGCGCAACUGAAACCAAACCUGGUAGUAUCCUCCACGACGCCCCUGACGACCUGAUCGUCGGAGCAUUCACCAACCCUUCUAUCCCCCAGGGAACAAGUAUCAGCUCGGCGGAGCGUUUCGUAGAAAUGUACAGCGCAUCAGGAAAAGUGAAAUGCACCUACGACGCAGAUGUAGGGGCUGUCCGGUGGCGGAAAUUGAUCUACAACUCGAGUUAUAACUCUAUCUGUGCCAUUACGGGUAUGGAUACGAGUAGAUUGCGAAUAGCUGAACACCCUAUUGAGGAAGUUAUUAGGCCACUUAUGAGAGAGAUAUGGACUAUUGCGAGGAAGGCGGGACAUGAGAUACCCGAGGAGGUCAUUCAGAAGAUGAUAGAUAUUGAUCCGCUGGAGACGUAUUUUAAGCCAAGUAUGUUGCAGGAUAUUGAAAAGGGAAAUUACAUUGAACUCGAGAAUAUUGUUGGGGAGCCGAUGAGAGAAGCGGAAAGGCUCGGCGUCCCUGCACCAGGAUUGAAGAUGGCUUAUGGGUUGUUGAGGAUUAUGCAAUGGAAGACUAAAGAGAGGAGGGGGUUGGUAGUGUUGCCAUCAAAGGAAAUUUAA